UCCGCCGCGAGCCCUUACUUCGAGAACCUUUUCAAUGGCGAUUAAGGCUUGAAUCAAAAACAAGUUAUCGAAAUAAAUGAUAUCGAUAGCGAUAUUUUUGAGCGUUUAUUAACAUUUUGCUACACCGGCCAGGCGCUGAUUACUGUUAACAAUGUCGCUGCAAUGAUAAAGGCGGCAAUUGUUUUGCAAUUGGACGAUGCCAUAACCAGUUGUGUGCGCUACAUUAUGACGCAUAGCAAUGAAUAUACAUUACGUGGUGCCUAUACACUAGAGCGUGAAACUCAAUGUGAACUUCUUAAUAAGAAUAUUAUCGAUUACGAAAUACAGAAUUUCCUGGAGAUCAGCCAAAGCGACGCAUAUAUGAACUUUGAUGUUGAAAAAAUGCAAGUCAUUCUGGAAUCUGACAAUUUGAAUAUAGUUUGUGAAGAAAAUGCUUAUGAUGCUGUAAAAAGAUGGUUUAAUUACGAUGUUCUCGCCCGUUAAAAACACCUACCACUCUUAAUAGCUUGUCUGCGGCUUACCCAAUUAGGCUAGGGUUUUCUGUUGAGACACAUACAGCCAUUACCUGGUUGUGAGCUACUGGCAUUCAAGGCGAUAUUGUGGAACAGUGAGCCUAAAGCACGAACAAAGAUAAAUAUCCGAUUUACAGAACCACGAGUGGUCAGCGCUAAAAAUUGUGGUAAGAGAACAUUGCUGGCGGUUCGCUCAGGGACGAAGGGUCCAAACAUGCUGCAAUAUAUCAAAGCUCAGGAUGAGUGGCAGGAAAAUGCGAGUAUAAAAUUCGAUUACCAUUUUUAUAGUACUAUUUUAAAGGAUGAAAAUAUAUUAUUUAUUGGGGGUUGAAAAAAUGGUUUAACAUUCAACAUUGUCCUCUGCUGGAAUAUACGAAAUAAAACAUGGCGAAAUUUUCCCACCAUGAACCGCAGAUACUGGCAAUGUGUUGUCGAAUUAGGUGAGAAAAUCUACCCUAUUGGUGGUCGUGUGGGAAAUAAAAAUCUGUCGUUAGUAGAAAG